AUGGGGUUGUCUUUCACCAAGUUGUUCAGUCGUCUUUUUGCUAAAAAGGAAAUGCGAAUUCUUAUGGUCGGUCUCGAUGCUGCUGGUAAAACUACCAUCUUGUACAAGCUUAAGCUCGGAGAGAUCGUGACCACCAUUCCAACAAUUGGAUUCAAUGUUGAAACUGUGGAAUAUAAAAACAUUAGCUUUACAGUUUGGGAUGUUGGGGGCCAGGACAAGAUUCGACCUUUAUGGAGACACUACUUCCAAAAUACACAAGGGCUGAUUUUCGUGGUUGAUAGCAAUGAUCGUGAUCGUGUUGUUGAGGCUAGGGAUGAGCUGCAUAGGAUGUUGAAUGAGGAUGAGUUGAGGGAUGCAGUGCUGCUUGUUUUUGCUAACAAGCAAGAUCUUCCAAAUGCAAUGAAUGCUGCUGAGAUCACUGACAAACUCGGUCUCCACUCUCUUCGUCAACGCCACUGGUACAUCCAAAGUACAUGUGCCACCUCUGGGGAAGGGCUCUAUGAGGGUCUUGACUGGCUCUCCAACAAUAUAGCAAACAAGGCUUAA